AUGGCUGGAAAGGGACAGGGCUCUGGCGGCAACCCUGCAGAGCCCCAGAUCAUCAAAGUGACGGUGAAGACCCUCAAGGAAAGGGAGGAGUUUGCAGUGUGGGAGAACAGCACCAUCGCUGACUUUCGGGGCGAAAUCGCCAAGUGCUUCCAUGCUCCCACCAACCUGCUCUUCUUGAUCUUUGCUGGGAAGAUUGUGAACGACCGAGAUACUCUCAGCCAGGCCGGGAUCCAUGAUGGAUUCACCAUCCACCUCGUCAUCAGGCCACAAACGAGAGCAGAGGACCAGGAAGCUCAGCAAACGAACGCCAGCACGCAUGCUGCCACCCUCCCUGCACCACCCAACGGCACGUCCCUGGGCAGAGACACUCCUGGCUCAGCUGGCCUGGCAGAUCUGAGCGUGCUAGGUGGGAACGCACCCAGCAUUUUAGGUGUCCUAAAUGAGCUCCAGCAGCUGCUGGUGGUCAACCCCGAGAUGAUGCUACAGAUUCUGGAAAAUCCCUUUGUCCAGAGCAUGCUGUCAAACGCCGACCUGAUAACACGGUUCAUAAAGGAACACCCCCUGUUCCAGCAGUUUGUGCAGCAGAAUCCAGAGGUCAGACACAUCUGGAACAACCCAGCCCUCCUGCGAGAAAUGAUCGAGUUCAUUAGGAACCCAGCGAUGAUGCAAGAAAUUCUGAGAAACAGGAGCCAGACUCCGCUGCUGGGUGGAGACAAAGUCUUGUGGCAAAUGCUCCCUGAUACUCCGAUGCCAACGCUGAACGGACCAGAGGCGCAGUGUGGGAGUGACCCACCCCGGAACAAGCCACCCCCAGCAGGGCUCAGCCAACCGUCCCCCACAGAAAACAGAGACCCUUUGCCGAACCCUUGGGCCUCUCAGUUUGGUCCACAGACUUCCACACCCCAUCGCAACCAUGGCACUGACGUUGGGGGUAUUCAUGUCAGGAACUUGCUACUGUAA